AUGGAGGAGCGGGUGAAGAUGUUCAUGGAGGUGACCAAUUUAUCGGAUCAGGAAGAGGCAGAGUCCAUUUUGAAGACCUGUGAGGGAAAUCUGGAGGAGGCGAUAUCGACGUACUUGGGGCAGGUUGACUUUGAGAGGAUAGAUGAGGACCACCCCGGAAAUGGAUCUAUGAGAAACCGUAGGAACAGCCGCUACGGGACCAGAGGAACGACAAGGCAACCGAUGGAAAGAAAUGAAAUGUGCCAACGGAACGAAGAGAAAAUAGAGAGAGCCAAUUUGUUUUACCUAUUAAACCAACUGGGGUCGUUGAUAUGCCCCAUUGUAAAAAGCGUGUACAGUCUUUUGUCCGCUUGCCUGAAAUUGGUAAGUACAUAUGUUGUAAAUUCUCCUGAGAACGAAACCUUCACAACGUAUUACGAGGAGAAGUUCGGGAAGAGACAUGCUAAUUUUUUUAAAGGAAGUUUAAGUGAAGCCAUCAAGGUGUCGAAGCAGGAGGAAAAGUUACUGCUCGUUUAUCUACACAUUGAAAAUAACGAUAGCUCCUAUUUCUGUGAAUCCAUUUUUACGAAUGAAGAUAUAAAAUCCUUUUUCGAUAAUUGUUGUGUUCUGUUUGCACAAGACAUUACCAAGGGGGAUAUACGGGAGUUAAGUAACGUGUUGAACGUUUUUAUGCUACCUCAGAUUAGCAUUAUCCAGACGAGUAAUGUAAAGGUGUAUGAGGAGUUGUCCAUUAUUUACGGAACCCCGUCCGUUAGCCAUAUUUUAAAAUCUGUAGCGCAGUGCAUUGAGCAAAUGAACUCUAAGAAGGCAAACCAAGAUAGAGUACAAAAUAAAACGUACACAGAUAGACUCAUUCGGGAGGAGCAGGACAGGGAAUACAUGGAGGCUGUGAAGAAGGAUCAACUGAAGGUCCAAGAAAGGAAGAAGAAGGAGGAGGAAAAAAUGAAAAAGGUACUUCAAAAGAAAAAUAUGAAAAAGAAGCGAAGGGAGAUGGCCAAUAAAUUCCCCUUACCAAUUAAGGAUAAUGAGAAGGUAACAAAAAUAUGUAUUCGUUUACCGAACGGGAUGAAAAUACAAGACACCUUCAGCUUGAAUCAUACCCUGCAGGAUGUGUAUGAGUGGGCCGAGUGCUCCGAAUUCUUAGUACAGAACCCCUCCAUUGGAAAGGGGGAGAUAAUUAUUCCCUUCAAAUUUGAGUUGAUAUGCGGGCACACCAAGGCUGUCCUGCAGCGCGCGCGGAACGCUCUUGGGGAAUUUGACCUCUACCCUAAUGCAGUGCUCAACAUGAAGUCACUUGAUUCGUCUGAUGAGGAGUAA